AUGAGAAUCCCCACCUCUCAGAGGACGGCACCAUCGAACGCUACAGCCUCACAAGCCCAUCUUCACAUCUUCCAUAACGGCGGAGCUACCGCACAGACCUACAGACCUACACACCCGCGAGCAGACUGGUGCAGUCCACGCUCUUCACGUUUUGGGGAUGGUGGGACCGCCAACUGCUUCCUCGACGACGUUGAGACACGAAAUCCGCAAGCCGCGGAAUGA